UCAUUUCAAUACCAGACAGUUGUGUCACAUGCAUACUAGCAUCUCUCCUAAUACCAUCUCAUAAAUAAAUAGGGAGUGAAGCCAGGACCUGUGGAUGCCAUGGUUGUAGUGAAGCCCAAACCAGAUGCUACUCCGGCAAGUGGAAUUAGGUCUGCAGAGUCCAAUUAAAUAGGCAGACUACAAUGUGUUGCGAAAUAAAUGUUAUUAAUCGCUGUUAGAUUCUUGUGUAUAUCCUAGUGAACCCUUUACUUUUCCUGAUAUUGUUAUUCCAGAUCUACACUUUACAAGGGCUACAGCGGUGAGCUACCAGACCCAUCAACCCUCAACCCACUACCUGCCUAUGCUGACAUGGAACCAGACUCUCUUCCACUUAUCUGCAGAAUGAACAUCACAUCUGACAAACCACUCGUGGACUCCAUUUUUGGCAAGGUACAAACUGGCAGUAUCCUGUCAUAUCAACACCCACCACCUCCACCUGACAGUGUUGUCAUCCAUGAGGAUGCACCACCGUUCCCAAAAGUGCCACUGGACGGUUACCAUUUACAACCAACAGACUGUUCAUACGAGAUCAUGACGGAUCAAGAAAAGCUUCACCUCAGUUCUCUGUCUGUGACUUUGUCACAGUCACACCUGAUUGAGGAAGCAACCAGAUGCCAAAGUGAAACACCCAAGUGGCAUUCACUGAGGAAGGAGAGAGUGACUGCUUCACAUUUCUGGGAGGUAAGCCAUGUUAGAGGUACAAGCACAGCAGAAAAACCUGCAGAAAGAAUUAUCAGAGGGACAAGACAAACACCACUAAUGAAAAGGGGGCUGGAAAUGGAAGCAGGUGCAUUGAAGGACUAUGCAGUUCUAAAAAAUAUUAAUGGGUUUAAGAUAGCCACAAUGCCAGACUGCUUCAUAAUCUCUUUAUCGCUGAUGGCACCUUCAUAGAGAGACGACACAAAGGUUACUGCGCCGUGAGGGACCAUCCCAAUUAAUCCUUUAAAUGUACAGUGCGAUUUAUAGUUCGAGUGGAGAGACGCUCCUCUUCUAGGUCCCGCCUUAGUUCUAUCUCCAUUGGCCAAUUCCACAGCUCUGUUCUCAUUGGCCAAUUAUUGAUAGAUCUUGCUAGCGUUGCCGUCUCUGGUUGGCUUGUGAUGGCAAAUGUUGGUAGCGUCUUGCUAGCGAACGGCAGAUCAAUUGGGUUGUGUCGCUACCAAAAAUGUCCUAGACUCACCGUUGUCAAGCCGAUAGCACGUAGUAUUAUAUACUAGUGUGCUUCCUUGCCCUGAACAACAAUGUUUUUGUUGAAGUUUGAGCAGCACCCUGUGGCAACCCCACGGUAUUCUCCAUUUCACAUUUUGUAUACUCAACGAAGGAAAGGAUAGACUACAUAAGGAAACGAAGGAGUGGAGUAAAUAAGCCAUGGAGUGGGCAAUAUGAGUAGAGCGCCGAAAUAGCUCAGUUGGGAGAGCGUUAGACUGAAGAUCUAAAGGUCCCUGGUUCGAUCCCGGGUUUCGGCAGCUAUCUGUGGUCUCACUUUUUGCCUUGCUUUCUUAAUUUUUCUUAUUACUCGGAAACAUCGACAUUUGCACUGUGUGCACCUCAGUAUAUGUUUUUGAGCAGGUUUUUAAUUUAGCCCUUCUUCAAGAAUUCAGGUUAUUGUAAACGAAUGGUGCUAAUUUGGUAGGACUUUUGAUCAACCCUAGUACCUGAAUCCUUGGUGUAAUAACGUUGCCAUUCUAUCAUGUAAUUAAUCAAGCAAAAUACCCUUGUAAUUUCUGUAGGCUACUGGCAAUGAAGCAGCCUCAAUAAUGAUGUUACAGAAUUUCACCAGGGGGCGAUGUUGACCUAUUAAUUUACUGUACUCUUAGUUUAUGCUCAAACUGCUCUUUGGCUGUUGCCUGUGUAAUGCCAGACCAUGCCAUGUCCCUACUCACAGGAGGGUUCAGCUGUCUGAUAUCUAUACUUUACAAUAGAACAGAUCAGACGUUGAUAACAUGGUACACACAAAUACAGUAAAACAUUGUUUUAUUAGGACAAAAGAUAUCCAAGGAGGUUGGAGUUAAACAGAUUACAGCAGUUUGGAACAAACAGAACAAAGUAAAGUAGCUUGACCCCUUCUCUCUUGGGUUCUUAUCACUAAACCCAGAUGAUGACAGUUUAAUAUGGGUUUUAUAUGCAUGGUCAUUUGAAGCACCAUUGUAACAUGAGCAGGAACAUUCCAGUGACAAAAAAAUGUGUAUAAUAGGUUAUGAAUGGACAGGCCAGCCCAGUUGCAAUAUCUUCCAUAGACCUCUCCUCUGAGAUUCAACUCUGAGUGUACGAUAUGUACCCCAUCAAAUACAGCAUACUGACUUUAUAUGCGGCUAUGGAACCCUGACCUGUUCACCGGACGUGCUACCUUGUCCCAGACCUGCUGUUUUCAACUCUCUCUCUCUACCGCACCUGCUAUUUCAACCUCUAAAUGCCCGGCUAUGAAAAGCCAAGUGACGUUUACUCUUAAUGUACUGACCUGUUGCAACCUCUACAACCACUGUGAUUAUUAUUUGACCCUGCUGGUCAUCUAUGAACGUUUGAACAUCUUGGAGAAAAAUCUGGCCUUAAUGGCCAUGUACUGUUAUAAUCUCCACCCGGCACAGCCAGAAGGGGACUGGCCACCCCUCAGAGCCUGGUUCCUCUAGGUUUCUUCCUAGGUUUCUGCCUUUCUAGGGAGUUUUUCCUAGCCACUGUGCUUCUACAUCUGCAUUGCUUGCUGUUUGGGGUUUUAGGCUGGGUUUCUGUAUAGCACUUUGUGACAUCUGCUGAUGUAAAAAGGGCUUUAUAAAUAAAAUGUGAUUGAUUGAUUGAUUUAUAUUAAGCACACGUUUGAAGACACUCAUAUCACGCCUACUUAUAUUAAGCACACGUUUGAAGACACUCAUAUUACGCCUACUUAACGACAGGUUAACUUAUGAAUAAUUUACGAUUGUAGGUUGGCGGUUUCUCAUAACGCAUAUAGGCUAUCACACACACACACACACACACACACACACACACACACUCAUCAUGUCUCUAGGGUGCACUGGGUUCAGACUCUCUCUCUCACAGACACACACACACACAUACACACACAUAUACACACUGCCUCUUUGGGUGUCGGCCUACGUAAAUAUUUGCCUUUCAUGGUUUGAUUGUACCCUCUGUACCUGCUCAUUGUGUUAGAGAGGGUUAAUGUGCUAGUGUCUGUCAGUGUGUGAGUUUUGGGCAUUCACUCAUUCUGGCUUAAUGUGAGAUUUAGCUGAAUCACGUUGGAUCAUCUCUCCAUUGCGUCUGUGUCCACUUACCUCUGAUAUUCUCUCUCUCUCUCUCUCUCUCUCUCUCUCUCUCUCUCUCUCUCUCUCUCUCUCUCUCUCUCUCUCUCUCUCUCUCUCUCUCUCUCUCUUUCUCUCUCUCUCUCUCUCUCUUUCUUUCUCUCUCAAUUUCAAUUCAAUUUAAGGGCUUUAUUGGCAUGGGAAACGUAUGUUAACAUUGCCAAAGCAAGUGAAGUAGUUAGUUAACAAACGUGAAAUAAACAAUACAAAUUAACAGUAAACAUUACACUCAGAUGUUCCAAAAGAAUAAAGACAUUUCAAAUGUCAUAUUAUGUAUAUAUACAGUGUUGUAACAAUGUGCAAAUAGUUAAGUCCAAAUGGGAAAAUAAAUAAACAUAAAUAUGGGUUGUAUUUACAAUGGUGUUUGUUCUUCACUGGUUGCCCUUUUCUUGUGGCAACAGGUCACAAAUCUUACUGCUGUGAUGGCGCACUGAAAACAAAAUUGUGUUUGUUUUCUAAUUCUUUGUGGAUCUGUGUAAUGUCAGGGAAAUAUGUGUCUCUAAUAUGGUCAUACAUUUGGCAGGAGGUUAGGAAGUGCAGCUCAGUUUCCACCUCAUUUUGUGGGCAGUGUGCACAUAGCCUGUCUUCUCUUGAGAGCCAGGUCUGCCUACGGCGGCCUUUCUCAAUUACUUUUUACAUUUUAGUCAUUUAGCAGACGCUCUUAUCCAGAGCGACUUACAGAUAGUGAGUGCAUACAUUUUUUUAAAUUUAAAUUUUUUCAUACUUUGCAAGGCUAUGCUCACUGAGUCUGUACAUAGUCAAAGCUUUCCUUAAGUUUGGGUCAGUCACAGUGGUCAGAUAUUCUGCCACUAUGUACUCUCUGUUUAGGGCCAAAUAGCAUUUUAGUUUGCUCUGUUUUUUUGUUAAUUCUUUCCAAUGUGUCAAGUAAUUCUCUUUUUGUUUUCACAUGAUUUGGUUGGAUCUAAAUGUGUUGUUGUCCUGGGGCUCUGUGGGGUCUGUUUGUGUUUGUGAACAGAGCCCCAGGACCAGCUUGCUUAGGGGACUCUUCUCCAAGUUAAUUUCUCUGUAGGUGAUGGCUUUGUUAUGGAAGGUUUGGGAAUCGCUUCCUUUUAAGUGGUUAUAGAAUUUAAUGGCUCUUUUCUGGAUUUUGAUAAUUAGCGGGUAUCGUCCUAAUUCUGCUCUGCAUGCAUUAUUUGGUGUUUUUCGUUGUACACUGAGGAUAUUUUUGCAGAAUUCUGCAUGCAGAGUCUCUUUUUGAUGUUUGUCCCAUUUUGUGAAUUCUUGGUUGGUGAGCGGACCCCAGACCUCACAACCAUAAAGGGCAAUGGGUUCUAUAACUGAUUAAAGUAUUUUUAGCCAGAUCCUAAUUGGUAUGUCAAAUUUUAUGUUCCUUUCUCUCACUCACUCUCUAUCUCACACAGCCACAAACACACACACACUCACUCAGAUCAUGCAAAAUAUGUUUCUGUGAAUAAGUUAACCACUAAACAACACAAAGUGCUUUCCCACUGGGCACAAACGUCAAUUCAACGUCUAUUCCACAUUAGUUCCGCAUAAUUUAAUUGAAAUGGCAUGGAAACAACAUUGAUUCAACAAGUGUGUGCCCAGUGGGUUGGGCCUGUUUAUUUGGGCUUGUUUAUUUGUUUCACUUUACUUAGAUUUAUUUUGUCUUCCCAACCUUUGCCGGUAAUUUCCAAAGUACAUUUUCAUGACCCCUUUGCCCUGCAUAUGUUGGUGUUAAAAUCAUAAAGUCCUGAAAGCGCUGCCAGCAGUUAGUCAGCCACGUGUGCAGGCCUAAAGCACUAUCUGUAUACCGUCUCUGUAGUGACAGAUAUAGAGAGGGGUAGAACCAUACAUAUCAGACACACACACAUACUGAAAGAAAGAUAGCUGUGUCUAUGUCAGUGUGUCAGUAUGGAUGUACACGUGCUGCUCUUCCAGGAAAAUACUGUAUCUUCCCUAGUGAAUGAAGCUGUGUGAUGUUUAAAUGCCACGUUUGAACUCUUUAUGUGUUGUUAAUUCACUGUGGUGUAGUGUGUGUGUGUGUGUGUGUGUGUGUGUGUCUUUUUUAACCCUGUGUAGGUUCAUGUGUGUUUUUUUAAUGACUAUACACUGUAACUGUAUGAGGUGAAGGUCUACCCUUUAGGUCAUAAAGUUUGCACAUGGCAGUACAACCACACUGACCAAACUCUGUUACAUAACAGCAACUGCAGACCUCCCUACUCCACCCCACCCCCCAACCAUCCCAUAGACCCCCAGACCACACACCCCUCUUCUGUCAGCUUUCCAACGUAUCCACAACUCUCCCUUUGGCAUUCCCUCUUCAUUCCUCUCCUCACUUUUCACAUGCUGUUCUUUACUCCACACCCUUUUCCCCCCUUGAGCCCUCUUCUCUCUGUCUUGCUUUAUUUUUCUCCCUUUGUCUGUCUCUCUUUCCCUGGCCUGAUUCUCUCCUUACUGCUCUCUUUAUUAGUGUGUGUAAGGGAGCCUCCCCUUAGUUUACUUAAGGAAAACAUAAUUAAACAUAACUUUCCAAGAAGAGACUGAACCCAGUGUACCCUAGAAUUGACACGUGAGACAUGAUGAGUGUGUGUGUGUGUAUGACUGUGUGUGUGUGUGUGGGAGGGAGAGAGGGAGAGAUGUUUAUCCAUGUUUUUUAAUGUCUGUGAAUGCGCUUGUGGGCAUAGUUUGAUGUAGGCUUAGAUCAUGUGAUGUCAUGUAUGUGUUCUGUUAGUGUGGACUGUGAAGAGAAGUUUGAUUGGUUGCUCUACUUUAAAAUCACUCUGACUGGCUGAUCUGUAAAAUUCUCUCUUCGUCAUGACCCAAGCAAGCAUGACUCCAUAUCCGUGACCUCCAAUAACUGGGGCCUUAUUAUGUAACAGUCUCCACCACUGUCCAACACCACGGUUGCGAAAGUCUCAAGUUGGCAUCUUCCCCCAACAUGUAACACACUAUUUUUCACUGUCCAGACUUUUUCAUUCCAAGUUUCAAACCGCCUUCUGCUAUUCUUCUCAGUAUGUGUACAGUACAUGCGGUUCUAAGCAACUGAACACCCUGCUCCUUACCCUCUCACCUAUGGCCUCUGGCCUGAGAGCACCUGCUGGCAGUGGCAAUGUUGAUCUCCACGGUCACGGUCAGUAUGUGUUUAAACUGUCAUUACUCUGUUAGCUGCUGUUGUUCCUGUUUCUUAAAGGCUCAAUGCAGCCAUUUUUAUAUCAAUAUCAAAUCAUUUCUGGGUAACAAUUUAGUACCUUACUGUAAUAGAUUGCCAUUAUAAUGGGCAAAAAUGGCUUUUUAGCAAAAAACGCUUUCUCAAGCAAUACUUUUGCUAGGACUGUCUGGGAGUGGUCUGAUUGGGGAGGGGAAAACUGAAAAGUAGCUGUUAUUGGCAAAGAGGUUUGGAAUCUAUUUGUUAUUGGUUUAUUAACCAAUUCACUGCAUGGUGAUGUCACUAUGGAAAGCCGAAACUCCCACCCAUGCAAACCUGCUGAUUAGAAGGUCCUGUGUAUAUUGUAUUUUCAACCAGCAACUAUCAGGAAAUAACACUGAUCACAUUUUUUAACCUUUUAGUCCAAUGGGCUAAAUCAGGGUCACACGGAGUGAUUCUUGGUAGUCUUAAACAAAGUAUUCACCUCACACACAUGGUUAUGGGUUUAAAAAUAAGAUGACACCUGUACCAUGUCAGAUAUAGAGUUGAGAAAUAUUCUGAUAUACAUCACAGAAGACUGAAAUAUAACAAAACUGUUUGACAUAGAAACAACAAUAUUAUAUAAAACCCAGGAAAAACAGAAUUUUGACUGUACUGGGCCUUUAAGACCAGAUCCUGUAUCACUCCUUGUUAUUGAGUGAUUUCCCAUGGCACAAACACAAAUCUUGACCAGCAAUAUCUGUCUGUUUAAUCUUUAUUUCAGGGUAGGGUUUGUUUGUGCUGGAAGGAUAAAGGACUGGGAAUGAUUGCUCACUUCCGUUUUGUGGUCUUCUGUUUCUCACACACACACUUUUUCUUGAAUUGAUUGUUAGUGUACAUGCCCUAUGUAUUAUACUGGACUAUUGGAGGGCCCAGUUGAUGAUGUGAAGACCUGUUAGCAUUCAGUUCUAGGAGAGGUACAGUAAGUAGCAUGAUGACUCAGCUGGGGGUCCUUUAUCCACAGGUGUGUAGAUUCCCAAAGCACUUUAUGUAACAUUUGUUUGGACGAUAACUCAUCCUAUAGAGGUGGUGUUUACAGUAGCUAGGCUGUACUGUACAACUCCAGUGUUUAACUCAUCAGAAACACUAGUAAUGCCAGCAGCCUGCUGUGGGCAGGGAGAGGGGCUUAGAGAGAUUAGAGAGGGGAUACACUAAUGCUAUGACGGUUUGAAUGUGAAAGGGCUGAGAUGGAUAAGGACUCAUCAGCACAGAUGUAAAUUCGGUGUCACUUGCCUAAGCUCUGAAGCAGAGUGUACAUUUACACUUCUCCACAGUCACUCAGCACAAACAGUAGAAAUAGCUUUUUAGUCUGUCCCGUGUGUCUUAUAGUAAGCCUGGUAAGCAAGGAUAAUAGCUCACACACAGCUAGCGUAACCAGUCCUUACUGUAUACCCUCUGUAUUGCUCCGUGGAGGAUUGAUCAGAGAUACUAUCUUCUUUUUUAAUCAUGCACUCUCAGAACCUCCCUGUUUUUGCAUGCCCACAGAGCCAUUUGUUAAAUGUCAAGUAGUGUAGAGAUGUUCAGAGAUGAGUGGAUUUAAAUGUCACACAAUGGUCUGAGUGGCUGAGUCAGCGAAGCGGGUAGGGGGACCGGAUGAACCUUUCAUUUCCUUCAGCAGAAGCCCCAAAUAGGCCCACUUCCUCAUAAACCCCCUCUAUAUCUGAAUACACUUCCUCUAUCAUAGAUCUGGUAGAAUGAACUUGCGUAGACCCUAUUCUACUAGCAAGGCUAAACAUGGCACGUGCUGUAAAGCCACCCUUGUACUUGAGCAGAAGAGGAAACAGGAUGGCUGUCGCCUUAGACAGUUUGCUGAGCUGAGGUAACUUCUGGUUUGCUGUUGGAGGGGUUUCUGCAGGUCAAAUGGUUUGAGCUGUAUCAGCUAAUCACAUUCCUAGACAGGAGAGAGAGGAAGAGACAGACACACACAGCCAUGCACACAUAACCUCUGUGAUUAUGUGUGCAUGGCUGUGUAGCGCCGGAGGGGAUAGCUGCCGUUUUACGGGCUCCUAACCAACUGUGUUAUUCUGUGUGUUUUUUUGCGUUGUUUGUAACUUAUUUUGUACAUAAUGUUGCUGCUACUGUCUCUAAUGACCGAAAAGAGCUUCUGAAUAUCAGAACAGCGAUAACUCACCUUGAACUGGAUGAAAAUGUUUUAUUUAAUGAGUCCGACGCGAACUAUAUACUGCUUCUCCGAGACCAGGCCCAAAUCGCCGUCAUUCGUGUGGAGAAAAGAUGGAAAUACAGGGGGCGGAGCUCAGGGUGCCUUAUGAGAAUUCGUCGGCGAGUGGGUAACCCGCCUCUACCAUCCGUUCUAUUGGCCAACGUGCAAUCACUGGAGAGACUAUCCUACCAAUGGGACAUUAAAAACUGUAAUAUCUUAUGUUUCACCAAGUCGUGGCUGAACGACGAUAAGGAUAAUAUACAGUUGGCUGGGUUUUCUGUGCAUCGGCAGGACAGAACAGGUACGUCUGGUAAGACGAGUGGUGGGGGUGCGUGUCUAUUUGUCAAUAACAGCUAGUGUGCGAUGUCAACAAUUAAGGAAGUCUCAAAGUAUUGCACGCCUGAGGUAGAGUACCUCAUAAUAAGCUGUAGACCACACUAUUUACCAAGAGAGUUUUCAUCUAUAUUUUUUGUAGCCGUCUAUUUACCACCCCAAACAGAUAAAGGCACUAAGACUGCACUCAACAAGCUGUAUAAGGCCAUAAGCAAAAAAUAAAAUGCUCAUCCAGAAGCGGUGCUCCUAGUGUCCGGGGACUUUAAUGCAGGCAAACUUAAAUCCAUUUUACUUCAUUUCUACCAGCAUGUCACAUGUGCAGCCAGAGGAAAAGAAACCCUAGACCACCUUUACUCCACACACAGAGACGCAUACAAAGCUCUCCCUCGCCCUCCAUUUGGCAAAUCUGACCAUAAUUCUAUCCUCCUGAUUCCUGCUUACAAGCAAAAACUAAAGCAGUACCAGUGACUCGCUCAAUACGGAAGUGGUCAGAUGACACGGAUGCUACGCUACAGGACUGUUUUGCUAGCACAGACUGGAAUAUGUUCUGGGAUUCAUCCAAUGGCAUUGAAGAGUAUACCACCUCAGUCACCGGCUUCAUCAAUAAGUGCAUCGACGACGUCGUCCCCACUGGGACCGUAAAUACAUAUCCCAACCAGAAGCCAUGGAUUACAGGAAAUAUCCGCACUGAGCUAAAGGCUAGAGCUGCCGCUUUCAAGGAGCAGGACACUAAUCUGGACACGUAUAAGAAAUCUCGCUAUGCCCUCAGACGAACCAUCAAACAGGCAAAGCGUCAGUACAGGACUAAGAUUUAAUCCUACUACACUGGCUCUGACGCUCAUCGGAUGUGGCAGGGCUUGCAAACUAUUACGGACUAUAAAGGGAAACCCAGCCACGAGCUGCCCAGUGACACGAGCCUAUCAGAUGAGCUAAAUGCCUUUUAUGCUCACUUCGAGGCAAGCAACACUGAAGCAUGCAUGAGAGCACCAGCUGUUCCGGACGACUGUGUGAUCACGCUCUCUGUAGCCGAUGUGAGCAAGACCUUUAAACAGGUCAACAUUCACAAGGCCGCGGGGCCAGACGGAUUACCAGGACGUGUUCUCAGAGCAUGCGUGGACCAACUGGCAAGUGUCUUCACUGACAUUUUCAAACUCUACCUGACCGAGUCUGUAAUACAUAAAUGUUUCAAGCAGACCACCAUAGUCCCUGUGCCCAAGAAAGCGAAGGUAACCUGCCUAAAUGACUACCGCCCUGUAGCACUCACGUCGGUAGCAAUGAAGUGUUUUGAAAGGAUGGUCAUGGCUCACAUCAACACCAUCAUCCCGGAAACCCUAGACCCACUCCAAUUCACAUACCGCCCCAACAGAUCCACAGAUGACGCAAUCUCAACCACACUCCACACUCCCCUUUCCCACCUGGACAAAAGGAACACCUAUGUGAGAAUGCUGUUCAUUGAAUACAGCUCAGCGUUCAACAUCAUAGUGCCCACAAAGCUCAUCACUAAGCUAAGGACCCUGGGACUAAACACCUCCCUCUGCAACUGGAUCCUGACGGGCUGUCCCCAGUUGGUAAGGGUAGGCAACAACACAUCUGCCACACUGAUCCUCAACACGGGGUCCCCUCAGGGGUGGGUGCUUAGUCCCUUCCUGUACUCCGUGUUCACCCACGACUAUGUGGCCAAGCACGACUCCAACACCAUCAUUAAGUAUGAACCUCAGAACAAGAAUAGACUGACGAGUUUCAGAAUAAAGUUAUUUGUUUCUGGCCAUUUUGAUCCUGUAAUCGAACCCACAGUUGCUGAUGCUCCAGAUACUCAACUAGUCUUAAGAAGGCCAACCGUUUUCAGCUGUGCUAACAUAAUUGCAAAAGGGUUUUCUAAUUAUCAAUUAGCCUUUUAAAAUGAUCAACUUGGAUUAGCAAACACAACGUGCCAUUGGAACACAGGACUGAUGGUUGCUGAUAAUGGGCCUCUGUAUGCCUAUGUAGAUAUUCCAUUAAAAUUCAGCCGUUUCCAGCUACUAUCAACAUUUACAACAUUAAUAAUGUCUACACUGUAUUUCUUAUCAAUUUGAUGUUAUUUUAAUGGACCAAAAAAUUGCAUGUCUGAUGUAUCAAAUACUUAUGUAAUGCAAUAAAAUGCAAAUUAAUUACUUUAAAAUCAUACAAUGUGAUUUUCUUGAUUUUUGUUUUAGAUUCCGUCUCUCACAGUUGAAGUGUACCUAUGAUAAAAAUUACAGACCUCUACAUGCUUUGUAAGUAGGAAAACCUGCAAAAUCGGCAGUGUAUCAAAUACUUGUUCUCCCCACUGUAUAACAACUUUGGAAGCCAUUCUGAAGAGGUUUCUUCUACCAAUAAGAUUUAUGUGAAGAUUGUUCCAUUUAAUUAGAUCUGCUUUCAUAUUGUUAAGUAAUGGGAUAAAGUUGUCUUUGUAUAUUUGUUGGUUGUUGUCAAUUAUUAAACAUCCUAAGUAUUUUAUAUAUUUUUUAAAGGAUUGCUGUAGAUCAUUAGUUAUUCUUUUAUUUUUCCUAUUGCCAUUAGUUCCGUUUUUUCCACAUUAAUUAUACAUCCUGAGAUUUUAGAGCAAGGGUGUCAAACUCAUUCCAUGGAGCGCCUAGUGUUUGCUGGUUUUUGUUUUUUCCUUUAAAUUAAGACCUAGACAACCAGGUGAGAGGAGUUCCUUACUAAUCAGUCACCUUAAUUAAUCAAUCAAGUACCAGGGAGGAGCGAAAACCUGCAGACACUCGGCCCUCCGUGGAAUGAGUUUGACACGUGUUUUAGAGUAUUCUGAAAAUAUUUUUUGCUAGGGGGUCAUUGAGCUUUCAAUAUUGGUCAGGUACACUACCGGUCAAAAGUUUGGACACACCUACUCAUUCAAGGGUUUUUAUUUAUUUUUACUAUUUUCUACAUUGUAGAAUAAUAGUGAAGACAUCAAAACGAUGAAAUAACACAUAUGGAAUCAUGUAGUGACCAAAAAAGUGUUAAACAAAUCAAAAUAUAUUUUACAUUUGAGAUUCUUCAAAUAGCCACCAUUUGCCUUGAUGACAGCUUUACCCACUCUUGGCAUUCUCUCAACCAGCUUCAUGAGGUAGUCACCUAGAAUGCAUUUCAAUAAACAGGUGAGCCUUCUUAAAAGUUAUUUUGUGGAAUUUAUUUCCUUCUUAAUGUGUUUGAGCCAAUCAGUUGUGUUGUCACAAGGUAGGGGGGGGGUAUACAGAAGAUAGCCCUAUUUGGUAAAAGACCAAGUCCAUAUUAUGGCAAGAACAGCUCAAAUAAGCAAAGAGAAACGACAGUCCAUCAUUACUUUAAGACAUGAAGGUCAGUCAAUACAGAACAUUUCAAGAACAUUGAAAGUUUCUUCAAGAGCAGUCGCAAAAACCAUCAAGUGCUGUGAUGAAACUGGCUCUCAUGAGGACCACCACAGUAAUGGAAGACCCAUAGUUACCUCUGCUGCAGAGUUACCAGCCUCAGAAAUUUCAGCCCAAAUAAAUGCUUCACAGAGUUCAAGUAACAGACACAUCUCAACAUCAACUGUUCAGAGGGGACUGUGUGAAUCAGACCUUCAUGGUCGAAUUGCUGCAAAGAAACCACUACUAAAGGACACCAAUAAGAAGAAGAGACCUGCUUGGGCCAAGAAACAUGAGCAAUGGGCAUUAGACCGGUGGAAAUGUGUCCUUUGGUCUGGAGUCCAAAUUUGAGAUUUUUUGUUCCAACCGCCGUGUCUUUGUGAGACGCGGUGUGGGUGAACAGAUGAUAUCCGCAUGUAUAGUUCCCACCGUAAAGCAUGGAGGAGGAGGUGUUAUGGUGUGGGGGUGCUUUGCUGGUGACUCUGUCUGUGAUUUAUUUAGAAUUCAAGGCACACUGAACCAGCAUGGCUACCACAGCAUUCUGCAGCGAUACGCCAUCCCAUCUGGUUUGGGCUUAGUGAGACUAUCAUUUGUUUUUCAACAGGACAAUGAUCCAACACACCUCCAGGCUGUGUAAAAGCUAUUUUACCAAGAAGGAGAGUGAUGGAGUGCUGCAUCAGAUUACCUGGCCUCCUCAAUCCCCCAACCUCAACCCAAAUGAGAUGGUUUAGGAUGAGUUGGACCGCAGAGUGAAGGAAAAGCAGCCAACAAGUGCUCAGCAUAUGUAGGAACUCCUUCAAGACUGUUGGAAAAGCAUUCCAGGUGGAGCUGGUUGAGAGAAUGCCAAGUGUGUGCAAUGCUGUCAUCAAGGCAAAGGGUGGCUAUUUGAAGAAACUCAAAUAUAAUAUAUUUGUUUAACACUUUUUGAGGUACUACAGGAUUAUCUCAUAGUUUUGAUGUCUUCACUAUUAUUCUACAAUGUAAAAAAUAAAAUAAAAAACUAUUGAAUGAGUAGGUGGGCCAAAUCUUUGACUGGUACUGUAUAUCAGGAGAUCAUCGGCAAAUAAGUUUAGUUUAUAUUCAUGUUUAUCAAUUCUGAUAUCUGUUACGUUUGGGUCCUUUCUAAUUCUUUCUGCAAGCAGUUCAAUUGCCAGUGCAAACAGGAGCGGGAGAGAGGACAUCCCUGUCUUGUGCCCCUUUCUAAAGCAAUUUCAGCAGAUAAUGUAUUAUUUGUGUAUAUUUGUGCUUUAGGACAUUUAUAUAAUAUUUUAUUACAUUUAUUAUUUCAGCUGGAAAGUUUGAAGCUUCCAACGUUUUGAAUAGAAAAGGCCAUUCAAGAGCGUUCAAAUGCCUUUUCGGCAUCAACAGCCAUAAUUGAUCAAUCUAUAUCUUGUUUUUUAACAUGUUCUUGUAUUUGUGUGUGUAUAUUUUAAAUAACCCUAUUUGAUUGAUAUGUAUCAAGUCUGGUAAGACUUUUGCCAUUCUAUUGCUUAUGAGUUUUGUUAUUAUUUUAUUGUCACAAUGUAUUAAACGUAUGGGUCUGUAAUCAGCAGGGGACUCUCCAGAUUUUCCUGGUUUUAAUAUAACUGAAAUAACUGUUUGAUACAUGGAACUAGGAAGCACUGAAUUGAGUCACAUGUGUGUUGUCAUUUGUGUAAAUAGGGGUGCUACUUUGUCCUAAAAUGUUAAAUCGAAUUCUAUGGGAAAGCCUACCAUUCCUGGUGUUUUUCUCCACGCUAAUGUUUUAACAGUGUCUGAUAUUUCUUUUUGGGUGAUCUCUGUUUUUAGAGAUUCUUUUUUUGUGUACUGAUAAUUGCUUCAGAGUUGUUGAGUCUAAGGCUGCAGGGUCUGUCCAACUGUUGUUUAAUUCUGAUUUAUAUAGUUUUUCAUAGAAGCUUUAAUCGCGUUGUUGUUUCAAAUUAACGUAUGUGUAUCUUUAUCUUUUAAAAUGAUAACUGGUUUGGCAUGUAUUCGUUUUGUGAGAUGUUUACCAGGUUUAUUUGCUUUAUUUGAGUUUAACUUGUAGUUGUUGGCGCUCUUCAAAAGGUAAAGAUCAUAUUCCUGCUUAAGUUCAGAUUUUUUUAUUUUUUUAUUUUUUUUAUCUUGUAAAGGUUUUUUAUGGGCUUUUUCUAAAAUAGUAAUUUUUUUUUUCUUUCAUUUUUCUUUCUAACUCAGAUUACCAUUCCCCUAAUGUACACCUUAAAAGCAUCCCAAAUGAUAUCAGGGGCCUUUCCUCUAUGUCUAAAUUUGUAAUGGUAAAGUUAUUUAUUUUUUCAUAUAAAUAUUUAAUACAUUUUGGGUCUUGAAGGUGCGUUCUGUUCAUUCUCCAUAUUCUGUUGCGAAGUGUAUUUUCUGUUGGUUUAAUUAAUACUGCAGUAGGCUAAAUCAGGGUUGCACAGAGUGUUUCUUGGUAGUCUUAAAUAAAUCUGCUUUGAAACAAAAGUAUACACCUCACACACAUGGUUAUGGUCUUUAAAAAAAGAGUUUGCAUUCCAAUAUUACACUUUAUAUAACAUCCCAGAAGACUGAAAUAUAACAAAACCGUUUGAUGUAGAAACACCGGAUUUGCAGCGUUUCUUUAUUUUUGAUUUUUAUGUAGAAUAAUUAUGAAAUUAUGAAAAAUAUUAAUAGCAUUCCACCCAUGAGGCCACUAGAGGGCGAUUUGUUCAUUUGACUGCUACGCAUGAUACCAGAGAAUGAUCCGAUAUCACUACGUCAUGGAUUUUUUAACCCAGUAAAUUGUUGAGAACAUUUUUGGAAAUAAAAAUGUAUUCAAUUAUUGAAUAGCUUUUCUUACUUUGAGAAAAAAAAAUGGUUGUCUUUUGUAGUUGGGAAUAGUAGUCUCUAGUGAUGGGGAAACUAUGCUUCCUGAAGCAUUGAGCAUUUCCAACCAAUUGUGUCGAAAAUAGGUUCAUUACUCAAGGCUUUGCUCAACACAGUGUACACUAGUGGCACCUACUGGUCAAAAUAAUUUAGAACAGACAAAUAACUAUAUAUGACGUUGCACACGCCGUAGCGCGUGCACAGUGUUGCUUUUUAGUCUUCUACCAAACCAAUCAGGUGGUUGUUCGAUGAAACAAAGCUUCGGACAUCAUUGAUCACGUGCUUCUGAUAAAGCGAUACAAGCAUCGGCACACUGCUUCAAAAUAAACUGCUUCGCGGUUUCGAUGCGUGCCUCGGAGCUCCGGUAUCAAAUGUAUCACUAGUAAUCUCCAGGUGUCCUGUAAAUUAUUUGUAGAGAUUACAUUUUUCAGCCUCUUUGGAGGUUCCUUGAAUUUGCCUUUUUUAUUGCUACGUCUGUCAAUCUUAUCAAAUUAAUGAUUUAGGUCGUCUGCUAAAGUAAUAGUUCCUGUCUGGAUUUGAUCUAAAAUAGCUUGAAGUCUAUCUAAAAACACCAGAUUUGCCUCUGGUGGGAUAUACAAUUAAAUUAAUGUGCAUUUUUCACCAUGUAAGGUACAAUUCAACAUUAGAAAACGGCCUUCAUGGUCUGUGUUCUGGGAUGUAAGGGAAAAUGGUGUAUUCUUAUUUAUCAGGAUGCCUACACCUAUGCUGUUACUAGAGUAGGUGGCAGCAUAGGCCUCUUCAACCUAGCUCCUCUUUAAAUAUUCAAUUUCUCCUUUUUUGAAAGGUACUGUAACUCUUGUAGGAAAACCACAUCUGCUGACAAUCUCUUUAAGUGUUCAAGAACAAUAUGCUUUUUUCCCAUCAUGGAGUCCAUGCACAUUCCAUGUGGCGCAGUGGUCUAAGGCACUGCAUUGCAGUGCUAGCUGUGCCACUAGAGAUCCUGGUUCGAAUCCAGGCUCUGCUGUAGCCGGCCGCAACCGGGAGACCAAUGGGGCGGCGCACAAUUCGUCCAGAGUAGGGGAGGGAAUGGCCGGCAGGGAGGUAGCUCAGUUGGUAGAGCAUGGCGUUUGCAACGCCAGGGUUGUGGGUUCGAUUCCCAUGGGGGGCCAGUAUGAAAAAAGAAUAAUGUAUGCACUAACUGUAAGUCGCUCUGGAUAAGAGCGUCUGGUAAAUGUAAUAAGUUGGAUUUUAUUGGUCUUUACUUGUAUAAAAUCAAAGAUAACCUUGUCUGUUCCGUCUAGCAUUGAAGAACCAGAUAAAACAUUUUAGCAGACAUGUCAUAUGAGGGCAGUGGGCAUUCCAUGGAAUGGAAGAGUGAUAGUAUGAAUACAUAGUUAUUGUAUACAGUACAUAUAUAGAGAGUGUGAGCAUGUGGGCUGAGCAGACAUUUAACAUAAAAUACACAAAAAACAUAAAGCAAAGUACUUCUUUGUACUUUGAGGCACUAUGCCUUUUUAGGGCUUUUAAGCUCCAACUCCUCUCUUAAUGUACGAAAAGUACGGAUUAUGUUAUAAAUUGGAGAAAGACUGCCACUUAAGUACACUGCUCAAAAAAAUAAAGGGAACACUUAAACAACACAAUGUAACUUCAAGUCAAUCACACUUCUGUGAAAUCAAACUGUCCACUUAGGAAGCAACACUGAUUGACAAUAAAUUUCACAUGCUGUUGUGCAAAUGGAAUAGACAAUAGGUGGAAAUUAUAGGCAAUUAGCAAGACACCCCCAAUAAAGAAGUGGUUCUGCAGGUGGUGACCACAGACCACUUCUCAGUUCCUAUGCUUCCUGGCUGAUGUUUUGGUCACUUUUGAAUGCUGGCGGUGCUUUCACUCUAGUGGUAGCAUGAGACGGAGUCUACAACCCACACAAGUGGCUCAGGUAGUGCAGCUCAUCCAGGAUGGCACAUCAAUGCGAGCUGUGGCAAGAAGGUUUGCUGUGUCUGUCAGCGUAGUGUCCAGAGCAUGGAGGCGCUACCAGGAGACAGGCCAGUACAUCAGGAGACGUGGAGGAGGCCGUAGGAGGGCAAUAACCCAGCAGCAGGACUGCUACCUCCGCCUUUGUGCAAGGAGGAGCAGGAGGAGCACUGCCAGAGCCCUGCAAAAUGUGCAUGUGUCUGUUCAAACGGUCAGAAACAGACUCCAUGAGGGUGGUAUGAGGGCCCGACGUCCACAGGUGGGGGUUGUGCUGACAGCCCAACACCGUGCAGGACGUUUUGCAUUUGCCAGAGAACAACAAGAUUGGCAAAUUCGCCACUGGCGCCCUGUGCUCUUCACAGAUGAAAGCAGGUUCACACUGAGCACAUGUGACAGACGUGACAGAGUCUGGAGACGCCGUGGAGAACGUUCUGCUGCCUGCAACAUCCUCCAGCAUGACCGGUUUGGCGGUAGGUCAGUCAUGGUGUGGGGUGGCAUUUCUUUGGGGGGCCGCACAGCCCUCCAUGUGCUCGCCAGAGGUAGCCUGACUGCCAUUAGGUACGGAGAUGAGAUCCUCAGACCCCUUAUGAGACCAUAUGCUGGUGCGAUUGGCCCUGGGUUCCUCCUAAUGCACGACGAUGCUAGACCUCAUGUGGCUGGAGCGUGUCAGCAGUUCCUGCAAGAGGAAGGCAUUGAUGCUAUGGACUGGCCCGCCCGUUCCCCAGACCUGAAUCCAAUUGAGCACAUCUGGGACAUCAUGUCUCGCUCCAUCCACCAACGCCACGUUGCACCACAGACUGUCCAGGAGUUGGCGGAUGCUUUAGUCCAGGUCUGGGAGGAGAUCCCUCAGGAGACCAUCCGCCACCUCAUCAGGAGCAUGCCCAGGCGUUGUAGGGAGGUCAUACAGGCACGUGGAGGCCACACACACUACUGAGCCUCAUUUUGACUUGUUUUAAGGACAUUACAUCAAAGUUGGAUCAGCCUGUAGUGUGGUUUUCCACUUUAAUUUUGAGGGUGACUCCAAAUCCAGACCUCCAUGGGUUGAUAAAUUUGAUUUCCAUUGAUAAUUUUUGUGUGAUUUUGUUGUCAGCACAUUCAACUAUGUAAAGAAAAAAGUAUUUAAUAAGAUUAUUUCAUUCAUUCAGAUCUAGGAUGUGUUGUUUAAGUGUUCCCUUUAUUUUUUUGAGCAGUGUAUUUUGGUCAGUUUAUAUUACCUUGUAAAUUAAAUUAACAUACAGUGAGGGAAAAAAGUAUUUGAUCCCCUGCUGAUUUUGUACGUUUGCCCACUGACAAAGACAUGAUCAGUCUAUAAUUUUAAUGGUAGGUUUAUUUGAACAGUGAGUGACAGAAUAACAACAACAAAAUCCAGAAAAACGCAUGUCAAAAAUGUUAUAAAUUGAUUUGCAUUUUAAUGAGGGAAAUAAGUAUUUGACCCCCUCUCAAUCAGAAAGAUUUCUGGCUCCCAGGUGUCUUUUAUACAGGUAACGAGCUGAGAUUAGGAGCACACUCUUAAAGGGAGUGCUCCUAAUCUCAGCUUGUUACCUGUAUAAAAGACAACUGUCCACAGAAGCAAUCAAUCAAUCAGAUUCCAAAUUCUCCACCAUGGCCAAGACUAAAGAGCUAUCCAAGGUUGUCAGGGACAAGAUUGUAGACCUACACAAGGCUGGAAUGGGCUACAAGACCAUCGCCAAGCAGCUUGGUGAGAAAGUGACAACAGUUGGUGCGAUUAUUCGCAAAUGGAAGAAACACAAAAGGACUGUCAAUCUCCCUCGGCCUGGGGCUCCAUGCAAGAUCUCACCUCGUGGAGUUGCAAUGAUCAUGAGAAUGGUGAGGAAUCAGCCCAGAACUACACGGGAGGAUCUUGUCAAUGAUCUCAAGGCAGCUGGGACCAUAGUCACCAAGAAAACAAUUGGUAGCACACUACGCCGUGAAGAACUGAAAUCCUGCAGCGCCCGCAAGGUCCCCCUGCUCAAGAAAGCACAUAUACAUACCCGUCUGAAGUUUGCCAAUGAACAUCUGAAUGAUUCAGAGGAGAACUGGGUGAAAGUGUUGUGGUCAGAUGAGACCAAAAUCGAGCUCUUUGGCAUCAACUCAACUCGCCGUGUUUGGAGGAGGAGGAAUGCUGCCUAUCACCCCAAGAACACCAUCCCCACUGUCAAACAUGGAGGAGGAAACAUUAUGCUUUGGGGAUGUUUUUCUGCUAAGGGGACAGGACAACUUCACCGCAUCAAAGGGACGAUGGACGGGGCCAUGUACCGUCAAAUCUUGGGUGAGAACCUCCUUCCCUCAGCCAGGGCAUUGAAAAUGGGUCGUGGAUGGGUAUUCCAGCAUGACAAGGACCCAAAACACACGGCCAAGGCAACAAAGGAGUGGCUCAAGAAUAAGCACAUUAAGGUUCUGGAGUGGCCUAGCCAGUCUCCAGACCUUAAUCCCAUAGAAAAUCUGUGGAGGGAGCUGAAGGUUCGAGUUGCCAAACGUCAGCCUCGAAACCUUAAUGACUUGGAGAAGAUCUGCAAAGAGGAGUGGGACAAAAUCUCUCCUGAGAUGUGUGCAAACCUGGUGGCCAACUACAAGAAACAUCUGACCUCUGUGAUUGCCAACAAGGGUUUUGCCACCAAGUACUAAGUCAUGUUUUGCAGAGGGGUCAAAUACUUAUUUCCCUCAUUAAAAUGCAAAUCAAUUAAUAACAUUUUUGGCAUGCGUUUUUCUGGAUUUUUUUUUGUUAUUCUGUCUCUCACUGUUCAAAUAAACCUACCAUUAAAAUUAUAGACUGAUCAUUUCUUUGUCAGUGGGAAAACAUACAAAAUCAGCAGGGGCUGGUGAGGGUCUACUUGGGGAGAAUGGGUCUACUGAGAGACUGAAGUGAGAUGAGUGGAGGCCCCACACACGCUUCAGAGAAGUGUCUGGUGCCCUCCCAGUCACUCUGUCCCAAUCCCACACUGUCCCUGAUGACAAACACACAAAAGCCAGUCUGUCUCCCUGGUGACACAAGGACUGCUGCACAAAACCAGGUCUAGACACCCACACCACAACAGACUGACUUUGCUUCCAGGAACGACAUUUUCUGGUAAUAUGACAAAACACAUAAUACACAAACAUCCACAACAACAACAACAUCUAAAGGAGGUUUAUGUCAACAUACUGCAGAGCUAGUCAGUAAACAAUUAACUUAGAUUACAUCAAGCAAUGAUUUAGUUAAGUUUUCUAGCCAAAACAGAAAUCCCUCUCAUCCAAACAAAGGUAUGUGCACUGCCUGUGAACUCUGCCAAGUUGAGCUGUCACUUUAGCCAAUCACACGCCAGAUGUACAACAUGUUCUUUUGCAGAGAGACCAAAAAAAUGGAUUCCUGGAAGUUCUCUCAACAUGUUUUGGCAGGGGUGGGUUGAGGGAAAAAAAUUAAGAGAGAGGGGGGUUGGAGGGUAAAAUGACACCAAGACACAUUUUCCAACACUGACAUGUUUGAGACUUCACACUCAAUGGAAAUGGACUUUGAAAUACCACAUACAGAUAUGUAGGAUCUUAAUUUGAGCCAGUUUGCUACAGCAGGAAAAUAUUCCUGCAGCAACAGGAAAUGUAAAUUAUUAACUUGAUUAUAAUUAUUGGGCCUUUUUUUUAGGGGUUGAUAAAUAUUUUGUUAGGGCAAGUCAAGUCUGACAUUUUAAAGUGUAAAUUAUCAACUUUUGAAGCCUAUUUAAACCUUGAAUACACUACAAGUUUGCAGUUCCUGCUGUCCAGGAACAUUUUCAGCAAAAAAAGAGUGAUCAAAUUAAGAUCUGUAUACCAAAUACGUAUUCAAUAGUGAAUUUAGCUUUAGCACUGAAACGGUAUGAUCUUGAAGAGACAUACAGAAUUGUUCCCUGUUGGUUUAAUUGAUUCAGUGUCUCUGGGCAAGCCUGUGGCACAAUAGUCACUGAGUGUUCAUUCAGUUCACCACUACAAGUAAAUCUGAGAUCACCUCCAUCAUCAUCAUUUCAGUGAAAUCUUAAGUGAUUUAGCAGACACUCUUAUCCAUAGCAACAUGCAGGAGCAAUUAAGGUUACGUUUCUCGCUCAAGCGCACAUCGACAGAUUUCGGAGAUUCGAACCAGCAACCUUUCCGUUACUAGCCCAACGUAGAGGGAUGCCACAUUCUGUUUUGUGCUGUUUGUUGCGCAUCAGUCAGUGCAUUGAACUUGGCGUCAACCUUUCUUAUUUAGGUAAUCAGUGUGUGUUAAUCUGGACCUUUAGACUUGAUGUGUCCUUGGGUCACCUUAUGGCUAUGUUUUGCUAACAGCUGUUCUCAGUACACAGUGCCAUGGAGAUCUUUGUGCUUUGUCCCUCCACACCCUGCAGCAAGACAACUUUCCACCAGCAGAAAGAACAGAAUGUGAGUUAUGUUUUAUUUGUCUGCAACAGAGAAAAAUCAUCCCAUUGUGUAACGGAUCUGCUCCAUGAGAAACAUAUCUGACCCACACACACUCCCACACACUCCCAGCGGUCCACAGAGGUGCAUUGUGUCAUUUUGUAAUCCAUCCACCCAUCAUCAGCGGCGUAUCAGCGAUGUGCAACUCAUUUCAAUCCUGUUUUCCAUACAGUUUGGUAAUCUGCAUUAUGUCAGCAUUUGAGUUGAGUCAUUGGAGAAAGUGCCCAAACCCGUCUGGCACAUAUUUGAAACAUGGACCAGAGAAGGCUGCUAGGAGGAACUAUAGGAGGACAGGCUCAUUGCAAUGGCUGGAAUGGAAUAAAUGGAACGGUAUCAAACACAUCAAACAUAUGGAAACCACGUUUCCAUUCCAUUUACUCCAUUCCAGCCAUUACAAUGAGCCCGUCAUCCUAUAGCUCCUCCCACCAGACUCUUCUGACAUGGACAGAUAAGCUGUCAGUGCAGUGUUCAUAGAGAGUCGCUGCUAUCGUUGUUUUGUUCCAAAACAGGGGGGAGGGUAUAAAUCUUGAAAGGUUCAAAGGAUUCCUAAAUUACCCCCAUCACCACAGCAUAGGCUGCUUUGAUAGCAUUUUAAUGUGGCAAUUUAUAUGGCCAAAACCACUACCACACAUCCGUUUUAGCUACCCAAGCAGUGUUAUUUUGAUUGGCAGGCUUUUUUUUCUCACAGAAAUGUGACACUCUAAAUGCAGAUGUGAGUCCUUCAUCACCCUUCCUUUAAUGUUAUAAGGGCUUUGCGCUGUUGAUGUAGGGAGGUGUAAUGUGAGAUGCUAUGUGGCAUGACUUGGUGGUUGUAAUUCUCCUUCAGAGGGGCUUCCAAUACCAAGGGUCAGGCCAUGAAUGUGGUAUGUCUGUCCAUUGAACCUUGUGUUGGAACCUGCAUGUAUUUAUAACAUGGCCAGAAGGAAUCUUCAGUGUGCACAGGCACAAGAGGCUACUCCUGGAUGUCGUCAGGGUUUACUGUUGCUGUGACCUCUGGUUUAUAUAAUUCCUCCUGCAGCUGUGUCCUGGUCGGCUGGGGAAUGAAGACGGCACAGAACAGGGCGUGGAGAGGGGGAAGUGUGUGAAGUAUGUUCAUUCAUACAUACAGUACCAGUCAAAAGUUUGGACACACCUACUCAUUCCAGGGUUUUUCUUUAUUUUUACUAUUUUCUACAUUGUAAAAUAAUAGUGAAGACAUCAAAACACAUAUGGAAUCAUGUAGUAACCAAAAAAGUGUUAAACAAAUCAAAAUUUAUUUUAUAUUUGAGAUUCUUCAAAUAGCCACCAUUUGCCUUGAUGACAGCUUUGCACACUCUUGGCAUUCUCUCAACCAGCUUCAUGUGGUAGUCACCUGGAAUGCAUUUCAAUGAACAGUUGUGCCUUCUUAAAAGUUAAUUUGUGGAAUUUCUUUCAUACUUAACACGUUUGAGCCAAUUAGUUGUGUUGUGACAAGAUAGGGGGGGUUUACAGAAGUUAGCCCUAUUUGGUAAAAGACCAAGUCCAUAUUAUGUCAAGAACAGCUCAAAUAAGCAAAGAGAAAUGACAGUCCAUCAUUACUUUAAGACAUGUAGGUCAGUCAAUACGGAAAAUAUCAAAAACGUUGAAAGUUUCUUCAAGUGCAGUCGCAAAAACCAUCAAGCGCUAUGAAGAAACUGGCUCUCAUGAGCACCACCACAGGAAUGGAAGACCCAGAGUUACCUCUGCUGCAGAGGAUAAGUUCAUUAGAGUUACCAGCCUCAGAAAUUGCAGCCCAAAUAAAUGCUUCACAGAGUUCAAGUCACAGACACAUCUCAACAUCAACUGUUCAGAGGGGACUAGGUGAAUCAGACUUUCAUGUUCGAAUUGCUGCAAAGAAACCACUAUUAAAGGACACCAAUAAGAAGAAGAGACCUGCUUGGGCCAAGAAACACGAGCAAUGGACAUUAGACCAGUGGAAAUGUGUCCUUUGGUCUGGAGUCAAAUUGGAAAUUUUUGGUUCUAACCGCUGUGUCUUUGUGAGACGCGGUGUGGAUGAACGGAUGAUCUCCGCAUGUGUAUUUCCCACCGUAAAGCAUGGAGGAGGAGGUGUUAUGGUGUGGAGGUGCUUUGCUGGUGACUCUGUCUGUAAUUUAUUUAGAAUUCAAGGCACACUUAACCAGCAUGGCUACCACAGCAUUCUACAGCGAUACACCAUCCCAUCUGGUUUGGGCUUAGUGGGACUAUCAUUUGUUUUUCAACAGGACAAUGACCCAACACACCUCCAGGCUGUGUAAGGGCUAUUUUACAAAGAAGGAGAGUGAUGGAGUGCUGCAUCAGAUGACCUGGCCUCCAGCAUCCCCUGACCUCAACCCAAUUGAGAUGGUUUGGGAUGAGUCGGACCGCAGAGUGAAGGAAAAGCAGCCAACAAGUGCUCAGCAUAUGUGGGAACUCCUUCAAGACUGUUGGAAAAGCAUUCUAGGUGAAGCUGGUCGAGAGAAUGCAAAGAGUGUGCAAAGCUGUCAUCAAGGCAAAGGGUGGCUAUUUGAAGAAUCUCAAAUAUAAAAUAUAUUUUGAUUUGUUGAACACUUUUUUGUUUACUACAUGAUUUCAUGUGUCAUUUCAUUGUUUUGAUGUCUUCACUAUUAUUCUACAAUGUAGAAAAUAGUAUAAAUAAAUAAAAACCCUUGAAUGAGUAAGUGUGUCCAAACCUUUGACUGGUACUGUAAGUGUGUACCUACAACAUGUGUAUGUGUAUGUGUUUAUUUGUGUGUGUGUGUGUGUGUGUGUGUGUGUGUGUGUGUGUGUGUGUGUGUGUGUGUGUGUGUGUGUGUGUGUGUGUGUGUGUGUGUGUGUGUGUGUGUGUGUGUGUGUGUGUGUGUGUGUGUGUGUGUGUGCAUGUACAGUUGAAGUCAGAAGUUUAUGUACACCUUAGCCAAAUACAUUUAAACUCCGUUUUUCACAAUUCCUGACAUUUAAUCCUAGUAAAAAUUCCCUGUUUUAGGUCAGUUAGGAUCACCAUUUUAUUUUAAGAAUGUGAAAUGUCAGAAUAAUAGUAGAGAGAAUUAUUUAUUUCAGCUUUUAUUUAUUUCAUCACAUUCCCAGUGGGUCAGAAGUUUACAUACACUCAAUUAGUAUUUGGUAGCAUUGCCUUUAAAUUGUUUAACUUGGGUCAAACGUUUCGGGUAGCCUUCCACAAGCUUCCCACAAUAAGUUGGGUGAAUUGGACCUUGACUUGGUUGUCCUUAAGACAUUUUGCCACAACUUUGGAAGUAUUCUUGUGGUCAUUGUCCAUUUGGAAGACCAAGCUUUAACUUCCUGACUGAUGUCUUGAGAUGUUGCUUCAAUAUAUCCACAUAAUUUUCCUUCCUCAUGAUGCCAUCUAUUUUGUGAAGUGCACCAGUCCCUCCUGCAGCAAAGCAACACCACAGCAUGAUACUGCCACCCCCGUGCUUCACGGUUGGGAUGGUGUUCUUCGGCUUGCAAGCCUGCCCGUUUUUCCUCCAAACAUAACGAUGGUCAUUAUGGCCAAACAGCUCUAUUUUUGUUUCAUCAGACCAGAAGACAUUUCUCCAAAAAGUAUGAUUUUUGUCCCCAUGUGCAGUUGCAAACCGUAGUCUGGCUUUUUUAUGGCGGUUUUGGAGCAGUGGCUUCUUCCUUGCUGAGUGGCCUUUCAGGUUAUGUCGAUAUAGGACUUGUUUUACUGUGGAUAUAGAUACUUUUGUACCUGUUUCUUCCAGCAUCUUCCACAAGGUCCUUUGCUGUUGUUCUGGGAUUGAUUUGCACUUUUCGCACCAAAGUACGUUCAUCUCUAGGAGACAGAGUGCGUCUCCUUCCUGAGCGGAAUGACGGCAGCGUGGUCCCAUGGUGUUUAUACUUGCACACUAUUGUUUGUACAGAUGAACGUGAUACCUUCAGGCAUUUGAAAAUUGCUCCCAAGGAUGAACUAGAUUUGUGGAGGUCUACAAUUGUUUUCUGAGGUCUUGGCUGAUUUCUUUAGAUUUUCCCAUGAUGUCAAGCUAAGAGGCACUGAGUUUGAAGGUAGGCCUUGAAAUACAUCCACAGGUACACCUCCAAUUGACUCAAAUGAUGUCAAUUAGCCUAUCAGAAGCUUCUAAAGCCAUGACAUCAUUUUCUGGAAAUUUCCAAGCUGUUUAAAGGCACAGUCAACUUAGUGUGUGUAAACUUCUGACCCACUGGAAUUGUGAUACAGUCAAUUAUAAGUGAAAUAAUCUGUCUGUAAACAAUUGUUGGAAAAAUGACUUGUGUCAUGCACAAAGUAGAUGUCCUAACCGACUUUCCAAAACUAUAGUUUGUUAACAAGAAAUGUGUGGAGUGGUUGCAAAACAAGUUUUAAUGACUCCAACCUAAGUGUAUGUAAACUUCCGACUUCAACUGUCUGUGUACAUCAGCAGAAACUCUAACUCAUAUUAGCCCCCCUAAAGGUCUGUGGGGAGGCCAUGUGACCAUAGUGUCCACUCCAGUAAGUCCUCUGAUGACAGAUAAUAACUGGUGUGCCAAGGCCAGAUAGUAACAGUGAGGUAGAGAAUAUAGAGGCUAUGGCAGCUAGACCAUCUUUAAACAACUAUCCCACCGUCAACCACACCAAACCUCACAGACACGAGGAUGAGGUGUCAUUUUUGAGAAGGCCAGAAGGAUUAGAGUUUGUGAACGUGUAACAGUGACUUUGUGAGGUGACAUUUAGUGUGUGUUUGACAGUGAGUCUAUAGUCUACAGAUGAGAGGUUUGGUAAAUAGCAAUUGAGGUGAGCUAGGCAUCCGGGUCUGGUGAGACCUGCUCAUUGUCCUGGUCCCACGAGGUGUUUAUGUAGGCCUAAUGCUGUGUACUCAGUGGCUCAGGGCUGUGUUUACACAGAGACAUAAUAUCCUUCAGCCAGGAUCACACAGGAGAUGGGGAAGGAGAAACAGAAAUAUAAACAGGGGAAAGAAAGUCAGAGAGAGAGAGAGAGAGAGAGAGAGAGAGAGGGAGAGAGAGAGGGAGAGAGAGCAGGAGGAGGGACCGCUGUGAGCAGCUAAUAGAGAAGAAUCAGAUCUAGCAGAGAUAGACGCAUAUAUCUGAAUCAUCAGGCUUUACGCGAUCGCUCCUGCGCGCGAGAGAGGAGAGAGGGUGAUGAGACUGUGUUGGAAAAGAGUGUGCAAAGCUGUCAUCAAGGUAAAGGGUGGCUAUUUGAAGAAUCUCAAAUAUAAAAUAUAUUUUGAUUUGUUUAACACUUUUUUGGUUACUACAUGAUUCCCUGUGUGUUAUUUCAUAGUUUUGAUGUCUUCACUAUUAUUCUACAAUCUAAAAAAUAGUAAAAAUAAAGAAAAACCAUUGAAUGAGUAGGUGUGUCCAAACCUUUGACUGGUAGUGUAUAUAUUUUUGUAAGCUAGUGGGAUCUCAUGCCCGGUGCCUGUUACACAAUGUUACUGUUUCUUGUCCCGCUUGUGCCACCAUAGAAACAACAUAGCUAUGACACUUCUUCAAAAUAAUCAGAACUACUCUAAUUUAAGAAAUCUGUAAUGAAUUUGACGUUUUUGCCGGGGAGGUCUUGGUCGCGCAAUUUCACAUCUAACUAAGAUGUUUGGUGCAGUAUUUCUCAAGUGAAAAAAUGUGCAUGAAAACUAAUCGUCUCUCGUUGAAUGACAACAAACACUUCAUUGAAGAAUCCCAUCCAUAGUUCCCAGUCCUACUAGGAUUAAUACUUUUUUUUUUACCAAUCACCAACAAGGGGGCAUAGACUUGAAGUUCGACUUGCCUUUUGUGUGCACGAACACCAAAACAAACAAAAACCUAAAUAUAUUUCAUCAUAAUAUAUGCGCGAACUGUUUAUACUGGGAAGCAUGCGACAGGUCAUUGGUUACUCACAUAUAUGCAUAUAUAACAGUGGAGGCUCCUCAGAGGAGGAAGGGGAGGACCAUCCUCCUCAGUGAAUUUCAUAAAAAUUUAAAUUGUAAAACAGGAAAAAAGUUAUCAUUUUUACAUAAAACUAUACUAAAUAUAAUCACAUGCCACCAAAUAAUUGAUUAAAACACACUAUUUUUCAAAGAAGGUCUACAGUAUCCUCAACAGCACUCUGUAGGGUAUCACCAUGGUGUGGCCGGAGGACAGCUAGCUUCCGUCAUCCUCUAGGUACAGUGAGGGAAAAAAAUAUUUGAUCCCCUGCUGAUUUUGUACAUUUGCCCACAGACAAAGACAUGAUCAGUCUAUACAUUUAAUGGGAAAUAAGUAUUUGACCCCUCUACAAAACAUGACUUAGUACUUGGUGCAAAACCCUUGUUGGCAAUCACAGAGGUCAGACGUUUCUUGUAGUUGGCCACCAGGUUUGCACACAUCUCAGGAGGGAUUUUGUCCCACUCCUCUUUGCAGAUCUUCUCCAAGUCAUUAAGGUUUCGAGGCUGACGUUUGGCAAUUCGAACCUUCAGCUCCCUCCACAGAUUUUCUAUGGGAUUAAGGUCUGGAGACUGGCUAGGCCACUCCAGGACCUUAAUGUGCUUCUUCUUGAGCCACUCCUUUGUUGCCUUGGCCGUGUGUUUUGGGUCAUUGUCAUGCUGGAAUACCCAUCCAAUGCCCUGGCUGACGGAAGGAGGUUCUCACCCAAGAUUUGACGGUACAUGGAUGCGGUGAAGUUGUCUUGUCCCCUUAGCAGAAAAACACCCCCAAAGCAUAACGUUUCCACCUCCAUGUUUGACGGUGGGGAUGGUGUUCUUGGGGUGAUAGGCAGCAUUCCUCCUCCUCUAAACACGGUGAGUUGAGUUGAUGGCAAAGAGCUCGAUUUUGGUCUCAUCUGACCACAACACUUUCACCCAGUUCUCCUCUAAAUCAUUCAGAUGUUCAUUGGCAAACUUCAGACGGGCCUGUAUAUGUGCUUUCUUGAGCAGGGGGACCUUGUGGGCGAUGCAGGAUUUCAGUCCUUCACGGCGUAGUGUGUUACCAAUUGUUUUCUUGGUGACUAUGGUCCCAGCUGCCUUGAAAUCAUUGACAAGAUCCUCCCGCGUAGUUCUGGGCUGAUUCCUCACCAUUCCCAUGAUCAUUGCAAAAUCCACGAGGUGAGAUCUUGCAUGGAGCCCCAGGCCGAGAGAGAUUGACAGUUCUUUUGUGUUUCUUCCAUUUGCGAAUAAUCUCACCAACUGUUGUCACUUUUUCACCAAGCUGCUUGGCGAUGGUCUUGUAGCCCAUUCCAGCCUUGUGUAGGUCUACAAUCUUGUCCCUGACAUCCUUGGAGAGCUCUUUGGUCUUGGCCAUGGUGGAGAGUUUGGAAUCUGAUUGAUUGAUUGCUUUUGUGGACAGGUGUCUUUUAUACAGGUAACAAGCUGAGAUUAGGAGCACUCCCUUUAAGAGUGUGCUCCUAAUCUCAGCUCGUUACCUGUAUAAAAGACACCUGGGAGCCAGAAAUCUUUCUGAUUGAGGGGGGGUCAAAUACUUAUUUCCCUCAUUAAAAUGCAAAUCAAUUUAUAACCAUUUUUGACAUGCGUUUUUCUGGAUUUUGUUGUUGUUAUUGUGUCUCUCACUGUUCAAAUAAACCUACCAAUAAAAUUAUAGACUGAUCAGGUCUUUGUCAGUGGGCAAACGUACAAAAUCAGCAGGGGAUCAAAUACUUUUUUCCCUCACUGACUUCAAUACAAAACCUAGGAGGCUCAUGGUUCUCACCCCCUUCCAUAGACUUACACAGUAAUUAUGACAACUUCCGGAGGACGUCCUCCAACCUAUCAGAGCUCUUGCAGCAUGAACUGACAUGUUGUCCACCCAAUCAAAGGAUCAGAGAAUGAAUCUAGUACUGAAAGCAUAAGCUACAGCUAGCACUGCAGUGCAUAAAAUGUGGUGAGUAGUUGACUCAAAGAGAGAGAAAGACAAAAGUUAAAAAGUUUUGAACAAAUUAAUUUCUUCCAAAAUGAAGGAGAAGCAAGAGAGAAAUAGAGAGAGAGAGAGAUUGUCCUUUUUUUAAACUUUCAGCUUCACUUACUUAGCUAGCAAAUACAGCUAGCUAGUUUAGUCUACUGAAACACCCUGCUCAAACAGAGGGAUGCUAUGUUAGCUAGCUGGCUAUGACUAUCCAACACAACACUGGUUUCACUUGGAAAGGUUUUUUCGCCUGGUCACAUACAGCUGAUGUGUUGUGCAUUGAAGUCCACAAGCAAAGGGAAGAGGUGAGAGGAGGAGAGCGCAUAGAUGCGAGAAGGUAUACAACGUGGCUGCUAUGAAAGUGAACUGUGUUUACGCGUGAUCAGGGGUGUAUUCAUUCUGCUGAUUCUGUUGAAAAACAUUUCUUAAACGGAAGCAAACAGAACAAAACGGGGAUAAACAUACCUGAAUUUGUCCAAUAGAAACCCUUGUUUGCAACUCAUUUUACACCCUAUAUCAGCUCGAUGCAGGCAAGAGUGUGCAAGGCAGUAUUGAAUGUCACUGUCUGUCCAUGUGUCACUGUCUGUCACCUCAAAUUUGUCUCUUGAACUGUGUGCACCUACGUUGUAAAAUGCAAUUCAUAGGCUAGGUUGUAGCAACCUCAUGAUAGGUAUAUGGAAAAUGUGAGUAUCAUGUAGUAGCCUAAACUUUUAAAUUGAACUGGGUGAAUGGAAUAUGAAUGAAAGUCAUCCAAUAUGCUGUAAUAAAAAUAAGACCAUGCUUAUGAAAAAAGAAUCGUCCUCCCUCAUCUUAAACGGCACUGACCGCCACUGAUAUAUAAAUCAUUGGAUACUCCCCAUGACACACACAUGGGAGAUGUUCGGCAUUAAACAAUGGUAUGUGAAUCGGAAUAUUAUCUGUAACAAAUGUGGCAAGUUGUCUAAUGUAACAUUUGUAAACCAAUUAUUGUUACAAUUUAACCACCGCAUUUCCCAUACAAAGGCCAAAGCUCGUGCUGCUGUCUUGCUCUAGUUAGCAAACUCAACACACUAGAUCGUUUUGGAUAAAACUUUUGACUUUCCUCGGUAGAUUGAUUUUAGAAGAAGUUCAAAUUUGAACUUCUGUGUAGCUAAUAAUACCCAAAUAUAUGUGGAUAUCUUGCCCACUGCACAAAUAGGCUAGUGGCUACACAUUAGAUUUUUAUUUUUACAAGUCCUCUCUUGUGGACUGGUUCUGUUGAAAUGACACGUGGUUGUUAUAGUUUCACUGUAGCCUGGGCUACUGCACUGGGGAAAUAAGAAGUUUGAGCAGGCUGUCUUCAAGAGCCCUAAGGCCUAAUGUUCCCCUUCUCCACACCAUUCAAUUCCCAAUAUGCCCCUCAGCAACUUCCUUUCCAUCUUAUUCCAUUGAAUGUGUAUGUCACAGAUUCUGCCGAGGCUGCCCCUCCUCCUUGCUCGGGCAGGUUUCGGCGUUCGUCGUCACCGGAGUACUAGCUGCUGCCGAUCUAUGUUCUAUGUUUCUAUGUUCUACCUGUUGUGUCAGAUUGUUUCACACCUGUUGCCCAUCUUGUGAUUACUCCGCCCCUAUUUAUCCCUGUUGCUCCCAUUGUGUUCUGUGCAUGUUUGUUGCUUGUACUCGUAUGUCAUUGGUGAGCGGAUAUAUUCCUCCCUGCGUGGAGGCUUCUUGUUUCUUUUCGAGCUUUAGUAAAGUUACGUUUUUUCCCUUGAGUUCUGUGUCCUGCGCCUGACUUCAGUCUACCGCAUACACCGACAUCGUGACAGUGUAUCAUAAUAAAACUCUUACCAAAUGUUUGGUCUCAAUACCUUCAUCCUGGUUUUAAACUACCAUUUAUAAACUAGCAAUAUCAUUAUUAUUGAAAACCAAUUGUAGGCCUAAUGUGAACGAAAUUAGCUCAGACAGGUAAAGGGAUAUGUUGGUGAGUGUGACCUGUUCAGGUUCUUGGACUUCUCUCUCCAUGUCUCCCGUCCUGUCUCUCUCUCUCGCUCUCUCUCUCUCUCUCUCUCUCUCGCUCUCUCUCUCUCUUGGUCAGUCAUAUGAAACUAAUGGACAAUGACUCUGCUGUGGGUCUUGUUUCACCAGUGGGUAUAGAGUGACCGCCAGGCAGUAUCCUGAUACCAAUGACCCAUGCCAAUGGAUGGUGUGAUGGAUAGGGCUGAGGAAGGGGAUAGGGAGAGCUCUGACACACUCAGCUGCGGUGUAGACAGACAGUGUCACCCUGAGAGGAUAGGGAGGGAUUCAGACCCCUCUCUGUGCCUCAUGUUAAGGUUGGGUAGACCCUCUAUCUGUGCCUCCUGUUAAUGUAACCCAAUAUCACAAGCUCCGACUUUUAAUUUUGGUGUCUGAGGCCACUUGUUUUACAAUAGCCACAACUUGAAAAGACAUGUAUUGUACCUCUGUGUUUACAGGUCUAUAUUUCCAAGAUGCAUUAAGAUAUCCUGAUGCUGUUUGUAUUCCACAUUUUAGUGAUAUCAGAGCUUGCAAUACUGGUGUGAAUGAGAUGUUUAUGAGUAGGCCUAAGUUCUUUGCAAUUGUGAAAAACUACAUUCUACAGUAUUUGAGUUUCUGUGAAGUGUGGGUGGGUGGUUGAUUGUCUUGGGUCAUAUGGUUGCUAAUGUUUUCGAUAUAGGCUGGAGCAGAGUACAUUUUGUAACAUACAUUUAUUUGUGACCAUUUUGUGGAGUUGUGUUAUAUGGUGUUUUGUAGUGUAAUGGACAAUUGUUUUUUUGUGGAAACACUGCUGAUGCCAGUGAUAUUUUACCAUAGUUUUCUGCUAUCACUUAUUGUGUUGCAGGCCUGGGAUAACUAUAGUUUUAACUAUGCUUUGUGGAAAUUAACUUUCUUUCCCAAGGGAACAAAUAGUUACUUUCGAGGUGACUGCAACUAUUUGAAUACAGAUCCCCAAAAAUGACUACUUUUUAAAACUCUUUAAAUACAGAUCUCAGAAAGUGACUACCUUUCAAAACUAUUUGAAUACAGAUCUCAGGAAGUUAAAAUGUUUCUAAAACUAUUGGAUUGGUUGCUACUGUAUCAACUAAUGGCAGGGCUGUAUCUGGAACUGCAUGUAGAAGAUAGAGAUAGAAUGAAUAGAGCACACACAAUCUCUUAUACCAUUCCAAUCUAUCUGACAGUCAUAUUCGAUCUACACAAUACAUUUCUAUCGGAACAUUUUGUAAAUGUCCAUUCUUCUGAAUGUCCAUUGCCCCAUGUGUACAUAGUCAAGUCAAACCAAUUAACCAAUGAUAUUUUGUAAAGAGACGUAUAAAUAAGUUGUGACGUUCAACUACUGUAUGACUCUUUCAACAUGCCACUGAAAAGGUUGAAAGUUGCAAUUAAUUUUACGAUACCUGAAAAUACUGCAGAGUAAUUCAAAACCAUUUGCAAACAUUGCAAACGGCAAGUUGGAUGCUUAGCAAAAACAACUUUGAACUUCUUUGUCCAUCUGAGGGUAAGUGUUCUUGUUUCAAAUACACACUAUACCAUAUACAAUGGAUAGUUUAUUCAGAAUACAAACUAAUGUGCUUUUCACCCUACCUUGGAUGUAGUUGAUUCAAGUUUUGGGAUAUUUAGUUUUAUUUUGUUACUGUUAGCAUUCUCAGUAACACUUACAUUAAACUGUGCCUGUGUAAUAAAACUAUAAUUACAUUUGGAGCAACAUUUUAUUAGCAUGUUGCUACAUAAUACUUUGGUAAUUGCAUUUUAAUUGCAAAGCAAUGAGCUGAGAGUUUUUGUAACUACUGUACACAAGAGGAAUAGUUCCUUAUUCCACUUAUGUAAUAACUCCAGAAUUAUGCAAUUCUAAAGCAAUGUCCAAAGUCCUAUGUUACAACAAUGUUGCUAUUGUAAUAAUCAUAAAGUUACUACACAUGUAUAAUAAGAACUUAAUGUCAAGCAUUACUGUAUUACUUUAUGUCUCACUCAUUAUAAAAAAUAUCUUUGUUAGUCAUUUUGAAGCUGCAAAAAUUGUCUACUCUAAUGUUGAGGUGAUUCCAUGUCCCUCAUGUAUUUAAUUAUAGGCUAUAGGCUACAAUAAGAUUAAUAUCUAACAGCCCUCCUAACCAUGUGCAUAUGGUCAUAUAUUUAGACUAAUUCAACUAACUGUUGUAGUAUUUGGUUCUUCAGAAAAUAUUUGGCAGCAAUCAAAUAAAUAUGUUUUAGUUUUCAAAUUACUUGCAUAUACUCAUAUUAUUUGGUUUUCUGAGAGGUAUUCAAAAUACUUUCAAAUAUUAUUUGUUUUUCUGAGACCUGUACUUGAAUAUCAAAGAAAAUAGUUGGAUUUUAGUUGAUACUCUAUAUAAACUAUAUUCGACUACCUCAAGUAUUUGAAAAGUGGGUAUUUUCAAAGAAAUUACAAAAUACAACUAUUUUCUGCCCAGGUCUGCUGUGUUGUUUAUCAUUGAGCUGUACUUUCCACUUAAAGAGUGACAAUGAUGACCUUUGAUAUGAACUAGCCCUAGCCUAUUUAUGUACCACUAUUGUAGUUAGACAGUGCGCAGUAGGCACCUAGUCUGAUUUCAGUGCAAUUAACAUCCUACAUUUGAUCCAUAUAUUCAUUUAGAUUUUGAUUGAGGAUAUUCAGAUCAAUUGUUCAAGACGCCAUGUCCAAGAAAACAAGAGUUAAGUUCCUGUCACACCGUGACUCAGGGAACUCGUAUAUGUUGAGUCAGGGUGUGUAGUUUCUAUGUUGUGUAUUUCUAUGUUGUAGUUCUAGUAUGUCUAGAUCUAUGUGUGCCGGUGUGGUUCCCAAUCAGAGGCAGCUGUCGCUCGUUGUCUCUGAUUGGGGACCAUACUUAGGCAGCCUAUUGGCACUAGUGGGUUGUGGGAUCUUGUUACGUGUAGGUAUGUUUUGUGUUCUACCUUGGACUUCACGUUUCGUUUGUUUAUUGUUUUGUCGGUUGUUUAUUCAUUAAAAUAAACAUGUACGCAUAUCACGCUGCGCCUUGGUCUGACCCGUCGAUGAACGAUCGUGACAGUUCCCUAACUGGAAUUUGAACCAGCAAUCUUGUGAACUACUCUGCUGUGGACAGUAUUAGUCGACUAGUCAUACCUUUCUCAUUUGCACCACAAUAAGUUAGGGUAGCUUGGAAUGUCUGCUAAGCCACUGCCUCAACAGUGGUGUUCGCUUCACUCGCCAGAAUGGAAUGGCAUCCCUCACAUACGCUCCGAAAAAAAGGUGCUAUCUAGAACUUUCCACAGAGGGUUCUACAUGGAACCAAACGUUUUUUUAAUUGUUUUAUAGUCAUUUAGCAGACGCUCUUAUCCAGAGCGACUUACAGUUAGUGAGUGCAGAAAUUUUUCAUACUGGCCCCCGUGGGACUCGAACCCACAACCCUGGCAUUGCAAGCGCCAUGCUCUACCAAUUGAGCUACCUGGAACCAAAAGGGGUUCUCCUAUGUGGACAGCUGAACAACCAUUUUGGGACUCUUUUUUUCUAAGAGUGUAGGCUAGUCUAUGUGAGGUAUCGGCUAGUCUAUGUGAGGUAUCGGCUAGUCUAUGUGAGGUAUCGGCUAGUCUAUGUGAGGUAUCGGCUAGUCUAUGUGAGGUAUAGACUAGUCUAUGUGAGGUGUAGGAGAGUCUAUGUGAGAUAUAGGCUAGUAUAUAGCUAGAGCUUGCUGGUGAGGAACACCUCCUGGCCCUAUCCAUAAUCACCAUGCAUGGUAUGGAGGUAUGGACCUUAAAAAGGAAGUAGAGGAGUGGAUCAGAAAACCAGACAGUAUCUGGUGUGACCACUAUUUGCCUCAUGCAGCGCGACACAUCUCCUUUGCAUAAAGUUGAUCAGGCUGUUGAUUGUGGCCUGUGGAAUGUUGUCGCACUCCUCUUCAAUGGCUAUUCGAAGUUGCUGGAUAUUGGCGGGAACUGAAACACGCUGUCGUACACGGCGAUCCAGAGCAUCCCAAACAUGCUCAAUGGGUGACAUGUCUGGUGAGUAUGCAGGCAAUGGAAGAACUGGGACAUUUUCAGCUUCCAGGAAUUGUGUACAGAUCCUUGCGACAUGGAGCCGUGCAUUAUCAUGCUGAAACAUGAGGUGAUGGCAGCAGGUGAAUGGCACGACAAUGGGCCUCAGGAUCUCGUCAUGAUAUCUCUGCAUUCAAAUUGCCAUCAUUAAAACGCAAUUGUGUUCGUUGUCCGUAGCUUAUGCCUGCCCAUACCAUAACCCCACCGCCACCAUGGGGCACUCUAUUCACAACGUUGACAUCAGCAAAUCGCUGGCCCACAUGACGCCAUACAUGCUGUCUGCCAUCUGCCCGGUACAGUUGAAGCCGUGAAGAGCACACUUCUCCAGCAUGCCAGUGGCCAUUGAAGGUGAGCAUUUGCCCAGUGAAGUAGGUUACAACGCCAAACUGCAGUCAGGUCAAGACCCUUCUUCGGUUGUCCGGGUGGUUCAUCUCAGACCAUCCCGCAGGUGAAGAAGCUGGAUGUGGAGGUCCUGGGGCUGGCGUGGUUACAUGUGGUCUGAGGUUGUGUGGCCGGUUGGACAUACUGCAAAAUUCUCUAAAACAACGUUGGAGGCAGCUUAGGGUAGAGAAAUGCACAUUGAAUUAUCUGGCAAUAGCUCUGGGGGACAUUCCUGCAGUCAGCAUGCCAAUUGCACACCCCCUCAAAACUUAAGACAUCUGUGGCAUUGUGUUCUGUGACAAAACUGCACAUUUUAGAGUAGCCUUUUAUUGUUCCCAGCACAAGGUGCACCUGUGUAAUCAUGCUGUUUAAUCAGCUUCUUGAUAUGCCACACCUGUAAGGUGAAUGGAUUAUCUUGGCAAAAGAGAAAUUCUCACUAAUAGGGAUGUAAACAAAUUUGUGCACACAAUUUGAGAUAAAUAAACACUUUACAUGUUGCGUUUAUAUUUUUGUUCAGUAUAGUUCAAACAGAUCUCUUUCCCCUGGCUCUUAUGUAAGGCUGGGCCAGCCAGGCCACUAACUACUAUUACUAUUAAUGGGAAGAGGGAGUUAUGCUUAUGUUUUCUCCUCACUGUGAUGAUGAGGUUGUGUCACAAAUGGCACCCCAUUCCCUUUAUAGUUCACUACUUUUGCCCAGGGCUGACCAGAGCCUUAUGGGCCCUGAUCAAAAGUAGUGCGCUACAUAGGGAAUAAGGUGCCAUUUGGGGCCCUGUCCAAGACUCCACAGGGUCCCGGGUCACCCACCUGAUCUGCUGACACACCGGCCCGCAGCGGGAGACGAAUGUCCAAGCACACACUCUGAUUCACACACUACACACACAUAGACACACAGACACAUUACAUUUACAUUUACAUUACAUUUUAGUCAUUUAGCAGACGCUCUUAACCAGAGCGACUUACAGGAGCAAUUAGGGUUAAGUGCCUUGCUCAAGGGCACAUCAACGUCAUUUAGCAGACGCUCUUAGCCAGAGCGACUCACAAAUUGGUGCGUUCACCCUAUAGCCAGUGGGAUAACCACUUUACAAUUUGGGGGGGGGGGGGGGGGGGGUUAGAAGGAAUACUUUAGCCUAUCCCAGGUAUUCCUUAAAGAGGUGGGGUUUCAAAUGUCUCCGGAAGGUGGUGAGUGACUCCGCUGUCCUGGCGUCGUGAGGGAGCUUGUUCCACCAUUGGGGUGCCAGAGCAGCGAACAGUUUUGACUGGGCUGAGGGGGAGCUGUGCUUCCGCAGAGGAAGGGGAGCCAGCAGGCCAGAGGUGGAUGAACGCAAUGUCCUCGUUUGGGUGUAGGGACUGAUCAGAGCCUGAAGGUACAGGGGUGCCGUUCCCCUCACUGCUCCAAAGGCAAGCACCAUGGUCUUGUAGCGGAUGCGAGCUUCAAUUGGAAGCCAGUGGAGUGUGCGGAGGAGGGGGGUGACGUGAGAGAACUUGGGAAGGUUGAACACCAGACGGGCUGCGGCAUUCUGGAUGAGUUGUAGGGGUUUAAUGGCACAGGCAGGGAGCCCAGCCAACAGCGAGUUGCAGUAGUCCAGACGGGAGAUGACAAGUGCCUGGACCAGGACCUGCGCCGCUUCCUGUGUAAGGCAGGGUCGCACUCUCCGAAUGUUGUAGAGCAUGAACCUGCAGGAGCGGGUCACCGCCUUGAUGUUGGCGGAGAACGACAGGGUGUUGUCCAGGGUCACGCCUAGGCUCUUCGCACUCUGGGAGGAGGACACAGCGGAGUUGUCUACCGUGAUGGCGAGAUCAUGGAACGGGCAGUCCUUCCCGGGGAGGAAGAGCAGCUCCGUCUUGCCAGGGUUCAGCUUGAGGUGGUGAUCCGUCAUCCAUACUGAUAUGUCUGCCAGACAUGCAGAGAUGCGAUUCGCCACCUGGUGAUCAGAAGGGGGAAAGGAGAAGAUUAGUUGUGUAUCGUCAGCGUAGCAAUGAUAGGAAAGGCCAUGUGAGGAUAUGACAGAGCCAAGUGACUUGGUGUAUAGGGAGAAAAGGAGAGGGCCCAAAACCGAUCCCUGGGGGACACCAGUGGUGAGAGCACGUGGUGCGGAGACAGCUUCCCGCCACGCCACUUGGUAGGAGCGACCGGUCAGGUAGGACGCAAUCCAGGAGUGAGCCGCGCCGGAGAUGCCCAUUUCGGAGAGGGUGGAGAGGAGGAUCUGAUGGUUGACAGUAUCAAAGGCAGCAGACAGAUCUAGAAGGACAAGAGCAGAGGAGAGAGAGUUAGCUUUAGCAGUGCGGAGAGUCUCUGUGACACAGAGAAGAGCAGUCUCAGUUGAAUGACCAGUCCUGAAACCUGAUUGGUUUGGAUCAAGAAGGUCAUUCUGAGAGAGAUAGCAAGAGAGUUGGCUAAAGACGGCACGCUCAAUAGUUUUGGAAAGAAAAGAAAGAAGGGAUACUGGUCUGUAGUUGUUGACAUCAGUGGGGUCGAGUGUUGGUUUUUUGAGAAGGGGAGUAACUCUCGCUCUCUUGAAGACGGAAGGGACAUGGCCAGCGGUCAAGGAUGAGUUGAUCAGCGAGGUGAGGUAGGGGAGAAGGUCACCGGAGAUGGUCUGGAGAAGGGAGGAGGGGAUGGGGUCAAGCGGGCAGGUUGUUGGGCGGCCUGCAGUCACAAGUCGCAGGAUCUUAUCUGGAGAGAGAGGGGAGAAAGAAGUCAAAGCAUAGGGUAGGGCAGUGUGAGCAGGACCAGCAGUGUCAUUAGGCUUAACAAACAAGGAUCGGAUGUCGUCAACCUUCUUUUCAAAGUGGUUGACGAAGUCAUCCACAGAGAGAGAGGAGGGGGGGAGGGGGGGGGGGAGGAUUCAGGAGGGAGGAAAAUGUGGCAAAGAGCUUCCUAGGGUUAGAGGCAGAUGCUUGGAAUUUAGAGUGGUAGAAGGUGGCCUUAGCAGCAGAAACAGAUGAAGAAAAUGUAGAGAGGAGGGAGUGAAAAGAUGCCAGGUCGGCAGGGAAUUUAGUUUUCUUCCAUUUCCGCUCCGCUGCCCGGAGCUCUGUUCUGUGAGCUCGCAAUGAGUCAUCAAGCCACGGAGCUGGAGGGGAGGACCGAGCCGGCCGUGAGGAUAGGGGACACAGAGAGUCAAAGGAUGCAGAAAGGGAGGAGAGGAGGGUUGAGGAGGCAGAAUCAGGAGAUUGGAGGGAGAAGGAUUGAGCAGAGGGAAGAGAUGAUAGGAUGGAAGAGGAGAGAGUAGUGGGAGAGAGAGAGCGAAGGUUGCGGCGGCGCAUUACCAUCUGUGUAGGGGCAGAGUGAGUAGUGUGGGAGGAGAGUGAGAGAGAAAAGGAAACAAAGUAGUGGUCGGAGACUUGGAGGGGAGUUGCAGUGAGAUUAGUAGAGGAGCAGCAUCUAGUGAAGAUGAGGUCAAGCGUAUUGCCUGCCUUGUGAGUAGGGGGGGACGGUGAGAGGGUGAGGUCAAGAGAGGAGAGGAGUGGAAAGAAGGAGGCAGAGAGAAAUGAGUCAAAUGUGGACAUAGGGAGGUUGAAAUCCCCCAAAACUGUGAGGGGUGAGCCAUCCUCAGGGAAGGAACUUAUCAAGGCGUCAAGCUCAUUGAUGAACUCUCCAAGGGAACCUGGAGGGCGAUAGAUGACAAGGAUAUUAAGCUUAAAUGGGCUAGUGACUGUGACAGCAUGGAAUUCAAAUGAGGAGAUAGACAGAUGGGUUAGGGGAAAAAUUGAGAAUGUCCACUUGGGAGAGAUGAGGAUUCCUGUACCACCACCCCUCUGACCAGAUGCUCUCGGGGUAUGCGAGAACACAUGGUCAGACGAGGAGAGAGCAGUAGGAGUAGCGGUGUUUUCAGUGGUGAUCCAUGUUUCCGUCAGCGCCAGGAAGUCGAGGGACUGGAGGUUGGCAUAGGCUGGGAUGAAGUCAGCUUUGUUGGCAGCAGAACGGCAGUUCCAGAGGCUGCCUGCGACCUGGAACUCCACGUGGGUGGUGCGUGCAGGGACCACCAAAUUGGAGAGGCAGCAGCCACGCGGUGUGGUGCGUUUGUGUAGCCUGUGCAGAGAGGAGAGAACAGGGAUAGGCAGAGGCAUAGUUGACAGGCUGUAGCAAAUGGCUACAAAAAUGCAGAGGAGAUCGGAAUGAAAUGGGCUAAGCAUCUGGGAGUGGAGAGAGCAGGGCCUCCCUCACCAAAUCUUCUAGCUCGGAAACUAAAAUUGUUUCACUGAACCACCCGAACAAAAACUCUCCCAACUUCCGCCUUUGGAAAUCAGAAUUGUUGUGAACCACAGCGGUUCAAUGUUUAAAGGAGUAGACUCAACCCACUUUGUUCAGCUAGCCUACUAUGACUCCAUAGCCAACUAGCAGACUAGCAUCCAAUAACAAUAACACACCGUUUAGCGCCAACACUUGGUCACAACAAACCACCAAUAUUGUGAUAUCACACUAAACAGAUCAUUCGUGUCUGUGUCAAGUUCCUUAUAUGACGCAGCAAUGAUUAGACGUUGGCUAGCUAGGACAAGUAAAUUGUGGUUAGCUACUACAGUACAGCCAAAUGGUCAUGUUGGGUAGCUAGCAAUGGCCACUGUGUCGACUCUGUUUGAAGAACGGCUAGCUAGCUAGCUUCGUGCUACAGCUGGCACGGCCGAGGACACUGCCAAGACACAGUAACUACCCACAACAACCCACGAAGCCUAGCUAUGACGCCGUAGCCAACCUGCAAGCUAGCAUCCAUUAACACACAACUUAGCAUCAACACCUGGCCACAACAAACUGCCAAGAGUGUGUCAGCACACCAAACAGACAAUUCAAGUCCGUGUCGAGUUCCCUUCACAACGCAGCAAAAAAAUAAUAAUAAUAAUAAUAAUAAUAAUAAUAAUUAAACGUUGGAACCAGCUCUCCAGCGUUGCUAAUCGUUACCAAUAGCUACCCGCUAGCUAGCUAGCCUCAUGCCUCGAAACUAACCCACAAAUUACCCACGGAAAGCUACAAUAACAACAAUAAUACUAACCUACAAUAAAUACAAUACCUAACUACAGCUAACUACCUACCUACGAUCUAAUACAUGGUUAAGCUUUACUCAACACUACAUGUAGCUUACCCCUACUUACCUACUUACCUACUUACCUCCAGCCAGAGAAAAACACGUCCUCUCCCACUCUACACACACCCAUCCAAUGUGUGCAUGUUUACCUAUGGCUGUUUAUAUGAUUGUUUGUGUGUAGUUUAUGUAUCAAUUCCUGAGUGUGAUGUGUUCAUGGAUGUGUGUUAGCGCAUCUCGGGGGUGAUGACAGAAUGUGAGAUGUCUCACUUGAGUCUCGCUUCCAUCUUAUGCAAGAGAGAGUCAAGGGAAUCUAGCAACCAGAGCCUCAGGAGCUCCAAGCAUGGCCAUUAGAGAGAGUGUGAGAACGAGGGAAAUAGGGAGGAAAGGGGAGAGAGUCAUGUGUCCAGCCAGUUACAUCAGAUCUGAGCUUUUCAGUGACCCAGCCCACUGCUUGUUGACCCCUCUUCAUCUCUAUUCGAUACUGUGUCAGGAGACCUUACUUAGAGACUUGGCUGUCACUCCUAACUUCACCUUCGUCCUGUAAACACACACACACACACCUUAGGGAGUCCGCAUACACUACACUCUCAGACACAAACACAUUGGCACACAGACACUUACACACCCUCAGUCUGGGUCUUCAGACCUAAUGCCUCUGUGUGAGACAGUUAUUAUUAAUCUGUGACCCCUAUGCAAUUACAGCACUCAUUACAGCUCUGUCCACACACACACACAGACACAAAGACACAGACACAGACACACACACAGACACACACACAACACAUUCCUAGUGGCGCCACCACUGCUGGACACAGGCUGUAGGUGGAGGGCAAUAGAGGGAGUGGGAACUGAGCGGGAGCUAGAUGAGCAGCGUAGGGGAAAGAAGAGAGGAUUAGAGAAAUCUCACUACCAUGACUCAUUGAUGCUGUCUAGACUAUAAUUAGUAGAGAGAAGAGGGGGACAUCUAUACAGGGAGAGAUGGAGGGGAAGGUUGGCUGGCCAGAAGAGGUUGUUGUUGGAGAGUGGUAACUGGAAAGGAGGAGAGGUUGUCACUGAUGAUGUUCAGAGGAUGACAUACAGAAACUAUAAGAAUGAUCUUUACUAUUUCAGCAGUACAGCUGUGCUCUCCUAUUCUGCAUCUCUUUCUCUCUUUCUCUCUGCCUCUGUGAAGGUAGUGCCAUGGCUAUAUUUAAGAUGCCCUCUCCAAGUCAGCAUGUCCUCUCAUUAUCUGGCACUGCCUCUAAUUUAACUCUCUUUCUCUCCUAUUAAACACUCAAGCUGUUUUUAGCACUCCAACCGAAGGUUCCAGUCCUCCCUCCCUCCCACCCUCCAUCAAAACUCUUUCAAAGGUUCAGGGUUUCUCCUUUCUAUUCUCAUUACUAGUUCCUCUGUUCCUUUCCCCUGUGUCUGGAGAGGGCUGUUCCAGUUCUUGUGCUUUUCCAUCCAUCUCUGUCUAGGUCCCUCCAGAGUGUACGUAUGGGGAUGUGGAGAGGCCUAGUGUGGAGGAUGGCAGAGUGUUUCAUCUCACUUUGUUGCAAAAGCUACUUGUUAGUUGAAUACUUGACUCAUCACAUUUACAUUUUAGUGAUUUAGCAGACGCUCUUAUCCAGAGCGACUUACAGUUAGUGAGUGCAUACAUUUUCAUACUGGCCCCCUGUGGGAAAUGAACCCACAACCCUGGCGUUGCAAGCGCAAUGCUCUACCAACUGAGCUACACAGGGCCUCACCACUGUUAUGGCAUUGCACGGUUGCACUGUCUAAGCCAAACUCUAUAGUGCACUAACACUCAUUGAGAAAGGUGUGCAUGUGUUAAGAAGCUAAGCCCUUCUCUCUCCUCUAUGGUGGCAUGUCCCCAGUCUGCUGUCCUCUUUUGUUCUCAGCCGGUCUGUGUUCUCUGAGAGAGUGACUGGGCCAAAUGCCUGCUAUUCCUUGGCAGCCAAACAACCUCUCCCUACACAUCUCUCCUUUUGUUUUCUCCCUCUCUUAAUCUGAGGGAUUAAGUUGUGUUGGUGGUGGUAGUGGUGGUGGCGGGCAAAGCCUAAGAGGUCACAGUUAUGUAAGAUGGCCAUAAUCCAACAGCCAUUUACAGUCAGACAGGCUAUAACUAUAGAGGGCAUGCAGAGACUGAAUAGUUUAUUCAAAUAUGCCUUGUGCUUGACUAGUUCUCAGCCUAUAUGGUCUGGUUGGGACUCAAUGGUCACCCUUACAUAACAGACAUUGGCGGGCAGAGAAAGACAAACAAACAAACACACACACACACACACACACACACACACACACACACACACACACACACACACACACACACACACACACACACACACACACACACACACACACACACACACACACACACACACACACAGGUACACAUACAAUGGUGUUUGCACUGCAGACCCUCUCUCUGUGGCUUAGCUAACUUGUUACCCAACUGCAACCUAUACAUUGCAGACUCUCUCUAGAGGUUUCCACCUACUGUCUCCCUCUCUGCCUGGGGGUCACCCUGUUUGUGUCCUUGUGUUUUCUAGGACAGUGGUGGGUGGAUGGGUGACACUGGGACAUAUGACAACACAGGUGGCCGGCGCUGGCCCAGAUCCCACCGGGUGCUAGCGGGGUGGCUUGACCAGAGUCCCGGUAAAACCCCCGAGUCCUAUUUCCCCUCCAUGGAAAGAAGGCGAAAAACUGGGGGUUUUCACAUGCACAUCAUCCACUGCUUUUUACAUCACCAUCGCAGAUACCUAUCCUCUACCACCACUACCCCCCGCCAGGUUAUCCAACCUCAACGACCUCUCGCCCUCCUUGUCACAGGCCCCAGACCGGGUGGCUCUGUGGGGGGGUUACAGCACAGUCAACAGGGCAGACCCAGCCUACAUGGACUUUGUUUAACACACAUAGACUAGUGAAAUCUGAUGUCUGUGGCACAGAGAUGAAUGGUCUAAAGUCACGUGUUGCUCAUCCGUUUUUGUAGAAGACCCUAACAAGAGACCAGGGAAUGUAUAUGGGAUUGUACAGAUGUAUGAUCUUAAUUUGAGCCAGUUUGAUACAGCAGGAAAAUAAUCCUGCAGCUACAGGAAAUAUGAAUUGUUAUGUGGAUUAUAAUUAAUGGACAUUUUUUGUAGGAGUUUCUACAUUUUUCGUUGGGGCAAAUUAAGUCUGACAUUUUUAAACCUUGAAUACACUACAAGUUUGCAUUUCCUGCUGUGCAGGAAAAUUCUCAGCAACAAAAGAGUGAUCAAAUUAACUUCCUACAUCUGUAAAUGAUAUGCUAAUGUGAAACUGUGUGUGGGCAACUGUAUGAGAGUUUGAGUGUUAUCAAACGGCUUGUGUGUGCGCAUGCGUGUGUGUGUGCGUGUGUAUGAUGAGUGUGUGACGUAUUCAGCGGAGAGAGUGUGUGUCAGACUCGUCCUGCGCCACAGGAGCCUCUGCAGUGUCCUCCUCCACCGCUGACUCAGGCCAUCGACCCACAGCUCACUCCCUCUCACACACACUUGUCCUUAUACAACUUUUGCCUUGUCCCUAUGGGCUGCAGCAAAACCAGCCCCAGUCACCCUCCUAUGUUGUAAUGUUAUUGAUCUGAAAUGCGAGCCUGUCUAUUGAUUUACUGCAGUUUUCCUGGCUAGGGCCUGAGGCUAGGGCUGGAGCUGAGGCUGGGGCUGAGGGCUGAGGCUAGAUGUGGGCUGAGGCUGUGGGCUGAGGCUGGGGCUGAGGCUGAGGCUGGGGCUGUAGGCUGA